GUUGUGAAAAAACCUAGACGAGAAAAGCAAGCAUUUGCGGAAAAACACUUCUGUCAAAAUUGUGCUGUUCGAUUUCUCCGAAACGCUAUGAAUUUCAACGAUCUGGAGCAGCUGGCGAAUCGAUGGCUGACGGAACUUUCCGAGGACCUUGAACCGACAUUCAUCCGUCAGGCAGCCAGCGUCGUGCGAGAGUGGGACGCCAGCAUCCAUAGGAACGUAGACUUGCUAGAAAUUCUGGGCCAGCGUCUUGCGGCAGCCAAACGUGAUCAAUCAGCGCUGGAAGAUUGCGUUGAACUUUGCCAUGCUCAAUCAGCCGAACUGGAACAAUCAAUCGACCGGAUGGAGCGCUGUCCAACGGAAAUCCCACCAUGGUUUUUGGCAACAGUAGAAGCCAUCAGCAGCAGCAGCCCCGGCCCCAGUCCCAAUCAAGCCGCCUCCGGCCAUCAGCCUGGCCGCUGUCCUGGCCGUGGCCCUGGUCCCGAGGCGGCUCGCCGGCUUCAUCAAUGGAUCAAACCAUCGGCGGGACGAAGUGCUUUCAUUUGCCAGCGAAACAAAUUAUAUCAAAUGUUGCUGGCGAUGGCAAGUCAGCGGGAUACGAUUGCAGAUGACUGUUUGCCUACGGUGCGUGAUUUGCGAGAUGAGUUGGAAGAGACAAGGCGUAAGACUUCGUUCUUAGAGCAACACCCACUUGGCCAGCUGCUAACCUACCAUCUGGAGUUUCUAACCGGCAUCGAAAGACAGCUGCAAGCCACCGAAACCCUGCUGGAGUCCAACGCGAAAAGAUUGGGCCAAUGUCCUAGCAAGGCGGAACCAGGUCAAUCUCGCCAGGCCACACCCAGCUGUUGGAGGCAAUUUCGGUGCUAGCCAAGCGAUCCUGCAGCGAAAAUAAAUGGCGUUAUUUGGCCAAUUUGACCGCCUAUCAUCAAAUAGGUGAGCAAGGAGGUGGACAACAAACAACAAUCCUGGGAAGUGAUUAUUCAGCAGACUAAACAACAACAAAACCAAUUGGCAUUCCGGUGGCAAGGAAAAGCGAACCAUCAAAUCAAAGCGUAAUUAGAUUUCAAUUUAGCAGGCUUCCCACCUCAAGUCGCGGCUGGUGGCCUUGGAAGUGUAGAUCAAUUGGUCAAUCUGCUGGCCAAGAAUGAUGUUGGUUCAACGCUAAAUUAUUUGUUAAUAAACCAAAAUUCAUUGUAAUUUUUUCGAAUUGAACACGCAAUCAUAGCUUGUGGAACUUACAAAUACGUACAUAGAUUUAUGAGAAUUGUCAAGUUAAGCGAAAUUUGUUAAAAAUUCAAAAACAAAAUUUAAAUGGUCAGCAUUGUUAGUAUCUU